CGCUUUGCCUGUUUCAGCCUUUUGCAUCAGCAACUUCCACGCGGCCACGCCAUCCCCACCUCCGAAAGGCACAACCCCCACGACGCAGGAGCGCUGGCUCCGGGCGUUCGGGUACUCGGAGACGGCGUUGGGAGAGGAGAACCGCACCGCGGCGCAGACAUGGGCGAGUUCUGCCCCUCCCCGCAGGGGGACUCCGCGCUGGCGGCGCCGCCCUUGACGCUCUCCUCCCCGUCCCCAGCAACGGCGGUUAGGCCGAGCUACGGGAGCUGCGACCGCCGCUACGUGAAGCUGGUCUUCGACAACCUCCACGGGAGCAUCUCCGUAGACCCGUUGGCCCUGCAGUUUGUUGAUACCGAAGAGUUUCAGAGGUUGCGGGACUUGAAACAACUUGGUCUUACAUAUCUCGUCUAUCCUGGAGCGGUUCACACACGCUUCGAACACUCAUUAGGUGUAUAUUCGUUGGCUGGAAAGGCUAUAAAUAAUCUUAAGACAUAUCAGGGAGAAGAACUUGGAAUUGAUCAUGUUGACAUGCAGACUGUAAAACUUGCAGGUCUCUUGCAUGAUAUCGGACAUGGACCCUUCAGUCAUUUGUUUGAGCAUGAGUUUCUUCCUCGAGUUGAUCCUGGCUCAUCCUGGUCUCAUGAAGAUAUGUCAGUGCUCCUUUUGGACAGUAUUGUUGACAAACAUGCAAUAGAUAUUGAAAAUGGUUAUCUCAAAAUGGUCAAGGAGAUGAUAACUGCCAGCGCUAAGCCUACCAGCACAAAAAGUGCAAACGAGAAGCAUUUUCUUUAUGACAUUGUUGCUAAUGGUCGUAAUGGUAUAGAUGUUGACAAGUUUGACUACGUUGGCCGUGACUGCAGAGCAUGUGGUCUUGGCUGUAAUUUCCAGUAUUGGAGGUUGUUGGAAGGCAUGCGAGUGAUGGGUGAUGAAAUUUGCUACCCAGCCAAAGACUACUUGAGCAUCCAUAAAUUGUUUUCAACACGUGCUGAUCUGCACCGCACAGUCUACACCCAUGCGAAAGUAAAGGCUGUUGAACUCAUGCUUGUCGAUGCACUCAUUGAGGCUAAUGACUACUUGGGGAUAUCAUUGCAUGCACACGACCCAGAAGAUUUUUGGAAGUUGGAUGACACAAUCAUCAAAACCAUUGAGACUGCUCCCAACAAUGAACUGAAAAAAGCAAAAGAAAUCAUUCAACGUAUUCGCCGAAGAGAACUUUACAAGAUCCAUCAUCACCUCAUUCCUUAUAGUUAUUUAGUUAGUACUAAUAUGAGGAAUGGAGUCAACCUACCAAAUUUGAGGAAUGGACCCAUGAUGCAUCACCACAUUUUGGAUGGGUUUUGCAACCAGUAUUCUGUUCCAAAGGACAAACUGGAGCAUUUCAAAAAUAUUACUGCACAGGACAUAGUUUGUUCGCAGAAAUCUUCUGAGGUGCUGCUGAAGGAAGAGGAUGUUGCAGUAAGCAAUGUUAAGAUAGAUCUUACUCGUGGAAAAGAUAACCCCCUUGAAAGCAUCAAGUUCUUUAAGGAUUUUGGGUGCGACGAGAAGUUCCCCAUCACAGAUGAUAGGGUUAGCCACUUGCUACCUGCAUACAACGAGGAUAGAAUUGUGAGGGUCUAUGCCAAGAAGCCUGAGUUGGUUGAUGUGGUGUCAGAAGCCUUUGAGAAUCUCCAGAUGAGAAUGUAUGGUGAGAAAACUCAAGUGCAUGAGACGCCCAAGAGAAAGAGGAUUAGAUCCAACUAGGCAGUUGGAUUUUGUCUAAUCGCACUUUAGAUAACAUACAAAUACAACACAGGAAAAUAGCUUCACAAACAAGAAGCUAUAUAGAUAACAGGUUUCAGAUGGUAGUCUGAACUGGUAAGGUGUAGGUAUUUUGUGUACAGGAGAAAAUACAAACAACAUUGCAUGAAGUCUAAAAACUCACGUUGACGUACGAGAUGCUGCAUGUGCGUAGAUUGGAUAGCUAGUCAAAUACUUUAUGAUGUGGAUGGAUUUUAAUUACUUUAUGAUGUGUCUGGAUUUGUAAGUACUUGUCAUUUUAAUCUUAAUUUAUAUGGAUCUAAGAGAAUUAAGUGGGUUUAAAUCCCUAUUAAGUCAAAA